UGCUCCUUCAUGUUUUCCGGAGUUUGAAAAGUUUUUACCCUCUUUUCUGUACUUCACUCUCUCACCCUCUCUGCAAACAAUUUGAAGUGUAAUUUCUCAGAGCGCAUGUCGUUUUUCUCCCCCUUCUUUAAUACUAUUUAGCACGGGACGGAUCUUAUAGGGCUUUUGUCUCAUUCAUGACUCAACUCAUCUGUUUGAUGUAUAAGUUUUUCGGAUUAAUUCACCCUACUAACUAGGAAUAUCGGUCAACCCCUGAGAGAAAUUGGGCCAAUUCGGAUGUUUUUCUGCAACUGUUAUUGAUGGAAGGAGAUGUAGAAUGUACAUCGGUUUGGAAGAUAUUCGUGAUAGGAUAUUAAUUGGAGAAGUUCGAUUUUUCAUUGCACCGACUGAAUUCCUGAUAAUUGAUAGCAUAACAAUUAAUAGACAGAGUGAUACGAUAUGACAAUGUACCGUUCAGAUUUUUCUGCUAAAAGUUCAACUCGAAUUAAUAAAUUAAUUAUCUUAAAUAAACAAUAACAACCACUGAAAGUGACGAAUUUGUUAAGCGGUGAUGGAGAUAUGAUAUCGAUACUGCCGUCUGUUGAGUUUACUCAGAUUGGAUUCUUAUAUUAAUACAAGAAGACAAAGUCAGAGAAAUUUCAGGAAAACUGCCCUAGCAGUCAGAGGUAGAGGUUCAUUAAGAUUGAGUAUCGUGAUUGGAUUUUAAAACUUUGAAGUCAUGAAGGAUUUCAGGACACCACACAUUUGCAUAUUACAGACGAUAUUUCUUGGACUCGUUUUGGCGGGAACUGUCUAUUCACAAAACAUUCCACGUCUCGGGACCUGGGGUAGGAGUCAGAUUAAUCUGGUCAAUAAUGGAUAUUCUGGAAUCUUAGCAGCCAUCGAUCCCAGCAUAGCCCCAAAUGACACUUUAAUUCAAACUUUCAAGAAUAUAUUAACAAGUGCUUCAUCAUUUCUUUUUAACGCAACGAAUCGACGAGCGUUCUUUCGAGAUAUAUCCAUUCUCAUCCCCAAGAGCUGGCCUCAUCAACCAACCCACAAAUUCGCCCCACAUACUGCACAGUUCAGUACAGCAAAUCUCUAUGUUAGACCAACUGAGAGUAACCCGGACAUACCCCCUCAGCCUUUCGUUCGUCAGCCAGGACGAUGUGGGAUUCCUGGUGAAUACAUGCAUCUUACAACUGAUUUCAUUAUGGAUAAAGACAGACCUCAAUGGGGUGAUCCUGGUAAAGUGGUUGUUCAUGAAUGGGGUCAUCUUAGAUGGGGGCUCUUCGACGAGUACCCCACCCUCCCAACCGAUCCAAACUUCUACAUCAACAGUCAUGGUCGUCUAGAAGGUAACAAGUGUUCUGAAUCAAUAGUCGGAGUAGCAAUGCCUUUAAGAUCAUCUACCGAAUCUGCUACUCGAGGAGAUCUGCAGGUGCCUGGGCAAUCAAGAGUUAAUUGUCAGGUCCAAGAAGGGGAACUCCCUCCUUCCCAAUGCCGCUUCCGACCUAGCAACAUCGAAAGACAAACUGCAUCCGGGUCAUUGAUGUAUAGCACCCAAAUCCCAUCUAUCAAAAGCUUUUGUCACAGUGACCCGAACGGUGACCCAUCGUCUCUCCAUUCCUCUGAAGCUCCGACCGAACAGAACAGACAAUGUCAAGGUCAAAGUUCAUGGGAUGUCAUGCUCAAGUCACCUGACUUCCUUAACGAUGUAAACCCACCUGUAACCGGCAUGGUUGACACUACACCAACAUUCACCCUGAUUCGUCAGAAGUUAAGGACAGUCAUAGUCAUUGACCAAUCAGCAUCCAUGAGUGAUGACGAGGUAUGGCAGGAUGUUGUUAGGAUGACUCAACGUUUCAUCAGCGAGUCUCCAGAGACUAGUCAGGUAGGCAUUGCCUCCUAUUCCGACCCUGGUCAAAAGCCCGUCAUGAGAUCCUAUCUUCGAGAUAUGACACCCGAGGGUAAAGCACAGCUCCUUUCAAUCGUCUCAAGUCUUCAGUCACCUCAAGCUAGCUCCCAGACCAAUCCUGCACUGGCUCUCCGUCAUGCCUACUAUAAAGUAUUACUCAAUAAUACAGGGCAAGCAGAAAAGGGAGUUGGAUCAAGCAUCCUUCUCUUCAGUGGAUGGCAAGGUAGUUUAACGAACGUUGGUAAUCAAAUCACCUUUCUACGAGGACAGGGAGUCGAAGUGAAAGCCUCCGAGUUUGGACCACCGUCUACCGGUCCACAGAGUAUCAAUAUUUCGGGUAUCCUAGAACCGAGUCGGCUUUAUGGAUACUUGCCCGGGUCAAACCCGGUUGAACCACCAGAACCCGUUUUCCGCGAUCUCUCAAAUGAUCCUAGGCUGAUUCAGAUUGUUCGACGAGACUUUGACAAUGUGAUGCCCCAUCGUAACCUGACCACACCAGUAUAUAUUGAUGGUACUGUUGGUCGAAUGACUACAUUUCGUAUCUCAUGGGACCAAAAUCCAGUGACUGUAGAGUUACGUAAUCCAAGUGGUUAUGUCUACACACUCAGGUCGACAUCUGUCGCUGUAGUCGACACCGCUAGACAGAAGGCUGAUUUUAGGCUCCCUGGUUUGAUCGAGAAAGGAGUGUGGUAUGUGAGCAUUAAGAAUUUAGAGAUGGAAUAUCAAUCGGUAGAACUGGAUGUAUUUUCUGCCGCUGCUAAUCCAACCCAAGUUCCAAUCCAAGCAAGACCUCUCGUCAUGCUUCCAGAGGUUGAUGUUGAUGUUGAACCUGUACUCAUUCUAAAUGGUGAAGUAAAGCAAGGAGAGAUGCCAGUAGUAGGAGCAACUGUUACUAUCUCUGUCGAUCGUCCAAAUUCAUUUCCGAUCCGGGUCACAUUGAGGGAUAACGGAAUAGGUGCUGAUGUUCGGAAGAAUGAUGGGCUAUAUUCAGCAUACUUCACUGAUUUCACCGAGGAAGGCAGCUAUAAAUUGGACAUGAGCGUUGUGGGUGACAAUACAGCUUCCAAACAACAACAGCCCUGGAUGGCCAGUGGGGUUCAGCCAGCUAAUUGGGACGCUGUAGAGCAGCCUCUUGCUAUCGUUACCAUGGAUCCAUUCAUGAGAGCUCCACCAGAGGCACAAGUAGAGGUAACUGGUAAUGUAGCAGCAUUGAUGAGUAGAGAUAAUUUCCCACCAGCACGAAUUAAAGAUCUUGAGGUACUUGGUUAUGAUACCAACGCAGGUACAGCGAGGCUUCGUUGGACGGCAAUGGGAAAUAACUACGAUGCAGGGAUAGCUGCAGAAUACGAGAUCCGAUACAGUAACAGUGCUAGCUCAUUAGCUCAAUCCUACUACUCAGGUGUCGUUUUUCCUCAAGCUCUCGUCCUUGAUGGUAACCUAAUGGCUCCUAAACUGAGUUAUCAAACUGAGAUCAUGACAGUCCGUAUUCCACAGAAUGUCUGUAAUCCUGUAUGUGGAAUCCGUCUCUUAGCCAUUGACCAAGCUGGAAAUAGAGGAGAUCCAUCAAACAUGGUGACGGUCGUUGGAACUACAGGACCUCCAACUACUCAACAGACUGUUACCUCUUUCCUUGAUUUCACGGCCGGAACCGGUGUCGAUGGUGGUGUUGGAGGGGGUAGAGGUGGUGCAGGUACUGGUCCCAAUGGAGGUAGAGGCGGUGGAACUGGUACUGGAACCUACGGUGGAGGAGGCGGAGCUGGCACUGGUACUGGGACCUAUGGUGGUGGUGGCGGCGGUGGAGCAGGAACUGGUACUGGUACCUAUGGUGGAGGAGGCGGAACUGGUACUGGGACCUAUGGUGGUGGUGGCGGCGGUGGAGCAGGAACUGGUACCUAUGGUGGAGGAGGCGGAACUGGCACUGGUACUGUUUGGGGUGGAGGUAACGGUGCUGGUGGAUCGCGUCCUGUCAACCCACGAAUGCGCCCGACACCAUCCGGACCUUUCGGUUUUACGCCAGGAAUCAUCGAUCCAUCUAUACCAGUUUUUUACCCAACACCCGGUAUUGGAUCUGGUAUGGAUACAGUCCCGACUCAAAUACCAGGAUCUCCUCCAAAAGGGAUCAAACCUCAAAACAAGAAAAAGACUACUACUAUAGCUGCCAUUGCAGUGGUUCUUAUUCUUUUGUUCAUUACCGUUAUUGUAGUAUACUCGAUAGUCAGACACGGAGUUCGUACAAAGCGAAAUAGAGAUUCUUUUGCGAGACCAAACGACCCUGAAGCUGACCCUCGGACGGAAAAGCCAAGAAAGAAAAGAGUGAAAAGAAAAGUAAACGAUGCUUUAGUACUUGAAGACAUGUAGAAUCUUAUGAAACGUGAUGUACCGUGUGCUUAUGGCCUAAAUUCUGCAAGGAAGCUUCUAUACAUGGCAUAUCUUUUCUCCUUGGAGUAUGAAAUAGGAUGUUAAUGAAAGGGGAGGUGCACAUUUUUACCCCAGCUUUUGAACAGCGGCUCUUCUACCAUUCGUUUUUUUCUGCAGUAUUGGUGUUUUUGAAAAUCAUUUCUGUUGAACAUCUUUUAUUCUUCGUGCUUUCAGUAACAUA